AUGUCUGAACAGCUCUACACUCUACAGCUCUACACUCUACAGCUCUACACUCUACAGCUCUACACUCUACAGCUCUACACUCUACAGCUCUACACUCUACAGCUCUACACUCUACAGCUCUACACUCUACAGCUCUACACUCUACGGCUCUACACUCUACGGCUCUAUACUCUACAGCUCUACACUCUACAGCUCUACACUCUACAGCUCUACACUCUACGGCUCUACACUCUACGGCUCUACACACUACGGCUCUACACUCUACGGCUCUAUACUCUACAGCUCUACACUUUACAGCUCUACACUCUACAGCUCUACACUCUACAGCUCUACACUCUACAGCUCUACACUCUACAGCUCUACACUCUACAGCUCUACACUCUACGGCUCUAUACUCUACAGCUCUACACUCUACAGCUCUACACUCUACAGCUCUAUACUCUACAGCUCUACACUCUACGGCUCUAUACUCUACAGCUCUACACUCUACAGCUCUACACUCUACAGCUCUAUACUCUACAGCUCUACACUCUACAGCUCUACACUCUACAGCUCCACACUCUACAGCUCUACACUCUACAGCUCUACACUCUACAGCUCUACACUCUACAGCUCGACACUCUACGGCUCUACACUCUACGGCUCUACACUCUACAGCUCUACACUCUACAGCUCUACACUCUACAGCUCUACACUCUACGGCUCUACACUCUACGGCUCUACACUCUACGGCUCUACACUCUACGGCUCUACACUCUACGGCUCUACACUCUACGGCUCUACACUCUACGGCUCUACACACUACGGCUCUACACUCUACGGCUCUAUACUCUACGGCUCUACACUCUACAGCUCUACACUCUACAGCUCUACACUCUACGGCUCUACACUCUACGGCUCUAUACUCUAGAGCUCUACACUCUACAGCUCUACACUCUACAGCUCUACACUCUACAGCUCUACACUCUACGGCUCUACACUCUACGGCUCUAUACUCUAGAGCUCUACACUCUACAGCUCUACACUCUACAGCUCUACACUCUACAGCUCUACACACUACGGCUCUAUACUCUACAGCUCUACACUCUACGGAUCUAUACUGUACAACUUAUAGGCCCAGAUGUGUGUUUGUUGGUGGUUGUUUUUUGA